GAGGUCAAGAUAUUCGGCAGCUGCGCGACCAGCUUCCGAUCAGCAAAGUCUGACCUUGAUGUGACGUACACAGGAGAUGUGGAGAAUGGACGAGUGAUGUCCACCCUCGCCACAGUCAUGCAAAGCCUCAAGGACCGUGGCUACCAGAAUGUCACCAAAGUGUUCAC